AUGAGUGCAAGCACUACAUGGGCACAAAUUAUUGGUCCAGGUAAAACAGUUACCUUGGAUAUUCCAGAUGAUGCUAAUAUGUAUAUAACAAAUGUAUGCAUUGGAGAGUUUUCAGAAGAAUCUAAAAACACUCCACAAAGAUUAUUAGCUCAUAUUAUUACUAUUGAUCCAUAUCAAGAUGAAGAUCAAGUUGAUGUUUCAAAAUUGCCGCAUACAGAUAUAAUGAUUGCUUCUCUUAUGCCAGAAGAAAGAGAACAUGAAGUUAUUAACUUUUGCUUCUCUCCUCUUAACAUUGUUAAGCUUCACAAUCAAGGAACUUGCACAAUUCAUAUAGCAGGCUAUAAUGUUCCAAUUGAAGAUGAAGAGGAAGAAGAAGAAGAGGAGGAAGAAAACGCAGAAGAAGGAGACAACUCUGGUGAUUCCCCUGAUGAUACAGCCAAUAAUGAUGUUGAUGAAGUUGAUGAAAUAGACGUUCAGACGAAAUUAUUAGCUUUAUCAAAGAAUAAACCAAAACCAGCUCCUGCACAGAAGCCACCACCACCUCCACCACAAAAUAAACCACAGCAUCAACAACAAAAUCAUCAAAAACCUCAACAUCAACAACCACAACAAAGAAAGCAAUUCCAACAGCAAAAUAACAAGUUUAAGAACGACAACUUCAAGAAAGAUUUCAAGAGGAAAUAA